AUGUCCCAGUCCCGAGAGGUCGACGAAGAAACCGAUAUGGCUAUUUCGUAUACAACUCAGCCGUCAACGGGACACCCUCACCAAACCCUCCCCUCAUUCCGCGAGCUUCUCCCCGCCCACCUCCACGAUGAAAUAGAAUCAACACCAUACUACCCCCCACAAGCCCGACCCCCCUCAGCCCACGAUAUGGCAGACCCCCGCUCAAUUCCCUACCCUCAACCCUCAACCUCAUACGAAUCCCACCGCGAAUACACAGUCGCCCGCGACCAACAACCCCGCAUGUCCGACCCAGCCCACCACAUGCGACUAUCAGACAGCCGUGCCCGCGGGCCCAGCCCAAUUCUCCCGCCCAUCCGAGACCUGGACUCCAUCCCAGGCCGAAGCAUGAACACUCCACCCUCCAGGGAAGGCUAUGUCGAGCGCGCCCCGCGGUCUGACCCUUUCACGCAGGAUUACCGCCAGCCCGGCGCGGGGCCCGAGCCGCGCGAGUUCGCUCAGCCUAUUAUGCAGCCGCCGUAUGGACAUUCGUUUGAGCAGGAGCAGAUGUCGAUGAUGGGUGGUGGUGGGCAUGGACAGGCGAAUUUCGGGAUCAUGGGGGAUCCGAUUGAUCCGAAGACGAAGAGGAGACGGGGGAAUCUGCCGAAGCCUGUUACGGAUAUACUUCGGGCUUGGUUUCAUGAGCAUCUUGAUCAUCCUUAUCCGAGUGAGGAGGAUAAGCAGAUGUUUAUGACGAGGACGGGGCUGUCGAUUAGUCAGAUCAGUAAUUGGUUCAUUAAUGCUCGCAGACGACAGCUUCCUGCUUUGCGGAAUCAGAUGCGCAGUGGUGUGGAUGCUGAGUCGAGACACUCGCCUUUUAGUGAUGUUGAUGGCUCGGAGCAUUUGGCUUCUCCUCAUCGCUGA